AUGGAUUGUUCUCUCCCUUUAGUAGUUGACAGCGGAUGUCUCCCCUGGUCCAAUAGACACAGUUUGGACUCGGAUGAAGAUCAGCCCUUGGUCCUGGAACAUCCCCAGAGAUGGAUCGACAGUGCCUUUACUUUGGGCUCCGCCCAGUCAGUGGUUACUACUUCCUUGUCUUCGUCCACCGGAGCGCACUCGACCCCUCCUAGCCACCUGUCGCCCAUUAACACAAGCAUCAGCAUGGCCAUGCUUGCCGACGCCGGUCUGCUCAGCAGCAGCAGCAUCGGGAGCUGCUCGGCAUCGGCCACGGCGCCUGCAAUGGAACAUUCGGCAUCGUCCUCAUCGUGCACCUCAUGGAACAUGGACUUUGGAGAUUCGGAUGACUUCAGCGCCGAGGAGUGUGCAAAUGAUAUAGGCUGGGAGCAAGGCGCCGAUGGAAUCCUGACAGCCCCCAAAUCGGAGCCGAUGGAUGAGGACACCUUCUGCCUGGAUGACUUUAAGGAGGCCCCGACCAUCACGGACCUGGACGCCCAGACUUCUACUUCACCAAAGGUCAAGAGACCGAGGGGAAGGCCACGGAAGCACCCUGUUCCAGCACUUCUCAACACCAGCAAAGUUACAAAAGGUCGUUCAAAAACAGGUUGCAUUACCUGUCGAAAACGCAAGAAAAAGUGUGAUGAGGCAAAGCCAAGAUGUUUGAACUGCGAAAAGAACGCCGUUGUAUGUGAAGGAUACCCGGAGAAGCAAAUAUGGAAGAGUGCUCGUCUUCAUACCCAUAUGCUCCCAACAAUUACCAUGCAGCCACUUUUUGACGGCCUCGAGACACUCGAAGACCGGAUUUUCUGGAAACACUACAACGAUCACCUCAGCACGGUACUCACCGUGGAGAGUGAACAUCGGAAUGCUUUCAAGGAGAUGCUUGUACCCAUCGCCACAAGACAUCAAGGAUUGAUGCACUCCAUUUUGUCACUUUCGAGCAAGCAUCUCGACUGCGACACCCCAUAUGUUUUGAGCCUUCUCAAGAGGCAUCCGGGGACAAGCAUUGAGGCGUUGCGGAGUCGAUCAAUAUACCAUCAGGCCCGCGCGAUGCAGAUCCUCACAAAUGUGGACCACAGCCAGAUGGGAUCCUCUCCAAACCUUCGAUCGGCAUUUUAUGGCCAGAUGCUUUGUCAAAUACUCGAAAAUAUGGUCGAAGGUCGUGCCGAUGGUGAGCACAGAUUUCAUCUGGGCGCUUACCUGAGUCUCGUAAACACCUCACCCCCGACCGACAUGUCUUUUCUUUCCUUCAUCACCGAGUUUUUCCAGUUUCACAUCUACGCCGACGAGCUGAUACGCUACCCCGGCAAGCCGCAUCAAACCCGUCUCGCCAGCGAAGACUGGGAGCCCGCACAUCCUAUACAACCAGCGAGGCUCUUGGGGGUUGCCGACGGUCUUUUUCAGCACCUCAGCAGCAUCACUACCAUCCGCAACCGCAUCAGGGACAACAUCACAACGCAUGCAGACCCUGUGGUCGACUACCCAAGUCUAUACAAGGCCGAGGAGAUUGUACAAGCUUUAUACGAUUGGAACCCAACAUGGCCAGCCAAUGACAGCAGGGAGCGGGUGGCUUUGCUUUACAAGCAAAUGAUGUGGGUGCACCUAUAUCGCACCAUAUACCCACCUUCGCCGUCUUCAACUUCAACCUCGGGCACCGCAACAGUAACCCAGUCUUCCUCGUCCCUGGGAGGCUGUUCAGCAUUUUAUACUGGGGAACCAAUCCACACCCCUCCCAAGUCAACCUCUACAUCCCGUGCAUCCUCCCCCCGGCUACGACCGAGCACAGCCGGGGCAUGGUCCAACGCGAUGCAACCCGACAUCAUGUUUGCGCAAAACACGCGCCGACAUUCCGUCGCCAACGGCCAACCCACCGGCGGCAUCACCGUCGCCACGCCAUCCUCAUCCGUGGCCGCAUCGGAGGCGUCGCACCGCAACAGCUCCUCCCCAAUCACGUCCUACACGCACCUGAGGAGCGACUCCCCGCCGCCGAUCCGCCUCCCGACCCAAGACCCCCGCGUCGUCCUGGCGGUCAACGAGUCCCUGCAGAUCCUGGACACGAUAAAACCCAACGACCCGGCGCAGACGCUGCUCUUGAUCCCCUGCCUCGUGGUCGGCGCUGCGUGCUUCGUGCCCGCGCAGCAGGAUCGCAUCCGCGACGCCGUCAACAGGGUCAAGGGCUACACUGGCCUGCGCAACGCAGACAGGGUCGUUGAGCUCCUCGAGGAGCUGUGGCGUCUGAUGGCCGAGGGCGAGUGGUUGGCCGUGUGGGAUUGGCAGGGUGUUGCAUAUAGGAUGGGCCUCGACUUUUUGUGUGCCUAA